CGUUGCAUUGCCUUGUUCAUCAAUUGUGGGUCUCUUGACGACCAUCGCAGAGGCAGUCUUACUCCCCGUGUGACAUGUAGAUGUUACACUUUGCCCAUCUGAGAUGCACGAGGGGUUAGAGGAUGUCAAAUCCCGCCUUUGCGUGAUCUCGUUGACCCCUCUAGGGAACACCUGAGCCUAGCUGGCAAUAUGGAGAACCGCUGUACAGCCGAGCGGGGAGUAUUGCUGUAUGACCGUGAUCUUUGUCCUCGGUGUGUUAUAUAGGAACCAAGAGAGUAUAAAAUGAUGGGCAAGAUGGGAGUACCACUGCCAGCAUCGCAUUUCGAUCUCGAGGGCCGGUGCCACCAUGCGUGCUAUACCGGGGAUUGCACUGGCUUGGCUCUGCCUAUCGGCCACCAUCAAGGCUCAUUCAAUUUAUCUUCCCCAUGCAGACCUCGGGUACGCUAUCCAUCGAGCAACGGGAUACAAUGCCGCCGGUGACUACUACAACUUCAGCAACAUCCGCUACGCAUCACCUCCUACGGGAGACAAUCGAUUCCGGAUCCCUCAGUCACCAUUGACAGACCGCACGGUAAUUCAAGACGGCACAGAUGCUAGAGUCUGCCCACAAGCAUCUCCAAUGUGGGACACGGCCAUCGCGCGGGAUUUCGUCGACCAUUACUUAAAAGGGAUUCCAUUCAACCGAUCGACAGAUGUCCUCGACUACCCAUACGACCCCGAGCCGCGAGACCCGCGAGAAACGGAAGACUGCCUCUUUCUCGAUAUACUUGUCCCCGCACGCAUCAUGCUCAGAGCGUCCGAUCCCAACCGCGGCCCCCGAGUGCCUGUCAUUGUCUGGUUCCAUGGCGGUGCGUUCACCACCGGUGACAAAAGCCAGUUCACCGGUGCCCGUGGGCUGAUUCAGCGGAGUAUGGCAUUCGGAGACGGAGUCGUCUUCGUCUCCGUCAACUACCGCCUGGGGGCCUUUGGCUGGCUGAGCGGCCCCGAACUCCGCGAAUCCGGCAACGCCAAUGCUGGGCUCAUGGACCAACGCAUGGCCCUCCUUUGGGUGAAACAAUACAUUCACUUUUUCGGUGGCGAUGACUCCAAAGUAACGGUGAUGGGCGAAUCCGCCGGAGCGGCGUCUAUCAUGCAUCACAUCACCGCUUUUGCUCGCGGGGAAGAGCUAUUCCAGCGCGCCAUUUUGCAAAGUCCAGCCUUUCUUCCCGUCCCUGAUUUCGCGCAACAGGAUUUGACCUUCCGCCAGUUCCAGAGUCUACUCAACGUCAGCUCGUUGGAUCAAGCCCGGAAUUUGUCCUCGCAGGCACUCAUUGCCGCGAAUGCAUACCAAGUGGCGAGAUAUUCGGUCUACGGAUCGUACAUCUAUGGUCCGACCGUCGACGGGAAUCUGAUCUCCGCCUUACCGGGGGAACUCAUCCUCCAGAGGGAGCGCAUGUGGUAUAUAAAUGUUAUGCACGGUCGCAACGCGAAUGAAGGGUUACGCGCGACCACCCCCGAUGCUAUCCAUGAGGAUGUUUAUCGUCGGGAUCUCCGGCGGACCUUUCCGCAGAUCCAGCCCGCCACUAUCGAUCAUCUUUUACGGCAACUGUAUCCGCCUAUCUACAAUGGGAGUCGGGGAUAUCGCGAUGCGGUGGGCCGCGCCUCGUCCGUUACCGCGGAUUACGGAUACCAAUGUAAUAACUACUACCUGAACGAGGCGUAUCGGGGUAGCACCUAUGCGUAUCUCUUUGAUGUGUCUCCGGGAUUGCAUGAGGACGACUUGCAAUAUACCUUCUACGAUGGGGAUCCCUCAAAGAGCGUAAACGCCACGGUUGCAUGGGCCCUCCAGGACUAUAUAACGAGCUUCGCGAUGAAUGGCGUGCCGCAGUCGAAGAUCGGGCCGGAGUUCAAGCGUUAUGGGCCGAACAGGACGAUGCUGGAUCUGGGAGAGACUGGGAUCACGGAGAUCCGGGAUCCGACGGACCAGGAGAGGUGCCGAUGGUGGCAGCUGGGGUUCUAUUAUUGAGGGUUGACUUGUUAUCUUGACAUGUCAUGGGAUUGUCCUUGCCAAUGCAGCGAUCACCGCGAUCACCGAGUAGGUUCGGAUUUAUUGAAAUGCAAUUUCUCGUACAAUGCUACUACAAUACAAUAUCAAGGGC